GAUUGUUCUAGAGUGCUCCACGUACAGGGCCAUCUUUGGUCGUCCUCGCCGGUGACAGUGUGGACAGUUUAUUCCAUUGGUCAUUAAAGCCUAAUGAUUAAUAAAUAAUACUAAACUCUGAACGAGCCGUUUGAAGCACUCGGGCAAAGAAAGGGAGCUAAAUUCCCGAUUUCUGUGGACUGACUUUGCAUUAUUUCCUUCAAUACCCUUCAUUUCUUGAGGCAAAAGAGGGCGAGACGGGAGAGGCGGUGAUACAACAUGGAUGAGGAAUAUGAUGUGAUCGUUUUGGGCACCGGACUCACAGAAUGCAUUCUGUCUGGGAUCAUGUCUGUGAAUGGAAAGAAGGUAUUGCACAUGGACAGGAACCCCUACUACGGUGGCGAGAGCUCUUCCAUCACCCCUCUGGAGGAGCUGUACAAGCGCUUCAAUCUUCCAGAUAGCCCACCUGAGUCGAUGGGCAGAGGAAGGGACUGGAACGUGGAUCUUAUUCCCAAGUUUCUCAUGGCCAACGGUCAGCUUGUGAAGAUGCUGCUAUACACAGAGGUGACACGAUACCUGGACUUUAAAGUAGUGGAGGGAAGUUUCGUUUACAAAGGAGGAAAGAUCUUCAAGGUGCCAUCAACUGAGACUGAGGCACUAGCUUCAAAUCUGAUGGGAAUGUUUGAGAAGCGAAGGUUUAGGAAGUUCUUAGUCUUUGUGGCCAACUUUGAUGAGAAUGACCCCAAGACUUUUGAGGGCGUGGACCCCAAAACCACGACGAUGAGGGACGUUUACAAGAAGUUUGACCUCGGCCAGGAUGUCAUCGACUUCACUGGCCACGCCCUGGCCCUCUACAGGACAGAUGACUAUCUUGAAGUCCCCUGUUUGGAGACGAUUAAUCGUAUCAAGCUGUACAGUGAAUCGCUGGCACGAUAUGGGAAGAGCCCCUACCUCUACCCCCUGUACGGUCUGGGAGAGCUGCCCCAGGGAUUUGCCAGAUUGAGUGCGAUCUAUGGUGGGACCUACAUGCUGAACAAACCUGUCGAUGAAAUCGUCAUGGAAAAUGGUCACGUUAUCGGAGUGAAGUCUGAGGGAGAGGUGGCUCGCUGUAAGCAGCUGAUCUGCGACCCCAGCUACAUCCCCGACCGUGUCCGUAAGGCAGGUCAGGUGAUCCGUGUGAUCUGCAUCCUCAGCCACCCCAUCAAAAUGACCACCGACGCAAACUCCUGCCAGAUCAUCAUUCCUCAGAACCAGGUCAACCGCAACUCAGACAUCUACGUGUGCAUGAUCUCCUACGCACACAAUGUGGCAGCCCAGGGGAAGUACAUCGCCAUCGUCAGCACCACAGUGGAGACCAGCGACCCCGAGGCUGAGAUCGAGCCGGCCCUGGGGAUGCUGGAGCCAAUCGACCAAAAGUUCGUGGCUAUUAGUGACCUUUAUGAGCCAACAGACGACGGCACUGAGAGCCAGAUCUUCGCCUCGAGGUCCUACGAUGCCACUACCCACUUCGAGACCACCUGCAAUGACAUCAAGGACAUCUACAAACGUAUGACCGGGAGCGACUUUGACUUUGAGAACAUGAAACGCAAACAGAACGACGUGUUUGGGGAGGAUGAGCAGUGAGCGGGUUUUCAGUGGGGUUUCCAGAGAGAGCGUGGGGCCGGGAGAGGAGGCGGGGCUAAAAGGGGCAAAAGAGCAUUGGCAGAGCCUGCAGCAGAAAGACGUGGCUGCUUGAGCGGCCCUUUAAAAUAAAUUUGGGUGGGUGUAGAGCAAGCGUGUCGGAGAGGAUUGUGCGUCUUGGCUCUGCCUGCUCUCAGCCGUUUGCCUCCUUUUCCUUUCGUCCCUCUCUCUCUUGAUUCAGACACAUAAAUGCUCACAAACACACACAUACACUGUUCAAAUACUCACACUCCUUAUCUCUGUCACUGAAAAGCAGGGUUGAUAUGGUUUUUCAUUCCAUAGUAGAUUUACAGUAUAAUCAUGUCUUCUCAUUAGAGGUGAAUUUAUUACUUGUCGUUUUCGAAGCAUUUCAUUCUUUCUGUAACGUCUUUCUCCUCAUAUCAGAGGUCGGCUAGAUGGAGGAAAGAUUGAAGGGAUUGUUGAAGCGCAGCUCUGACAUGAGAGAUAUAAUGGCAUAGAGUAGUAUUCUCUGGAAGGGUCACCUCCAGUGUACAUGCAUGCAUCUUUUACACAGUAGUAUUUGUACAUAGACUCUAACAACACCGCGGUUUGAAGGCUGGACCAUUCCACGCAUCGCUCCUGUCAACCCUGCUUUCACUUUUCUCUUUACCUGUGUUUCUUCAAAAAAGACGUCGCUCCUUUUGGCAAAAUCUGUUGGUCGGGCAAAAGAAUAAAAAACAAAAAUGUGAUGAAUAAUUACAUAUAAAUGGGCUGUUCUGUCAACUGAUAGUGCUCACUUUGCAAUGCUGUUGUGUUCCCUGUGCUAGCAGGCAAGCUAACCAGUGGCUAAUAACUGUCACCCAAACCUCCCCCCCUCAGAAAAUGUUCCUUUGUUUAUCUCUGUUGUUUGAUGUCGACUUUGAAUUUGAAUAGUUUACGUUCUAACAUUUUAAAUUAUUGAAGAGUUUUAUUUCUAUAUAUUUGGUGCACAUUUCACUGGCUGAAGUUAUGAAGUUUACAAAGCUGAGGUUGAAACUGUGGUCUUCAAGUUUAAAAAAAGGGAACGACAGGAGCUAAAAGAGGCACGAUGAGGAUUUUGAGGCUUUCUAUGAAGUAUUCUGGGUGAAACGAUGAAGACGAAAACUGUGAUUAUGGCUCAAUCUGCUUGUUGAGAUGCAAGGAAGUGCACGAGGAAUCAGGAAUGUAUGAAGGAGAUGUUUAGAAAGUGAGGGGUGAAGACUGAAAUUUCGGCUGAAAGUGGAAGCACCAGAUUGUGUCUUGGUUGUUUCAACCCUUGUGUAUGUUGUUUAGAUAAAUCAUUCCCUUAGAGACUAAAUGAGAAAUUGUAGUUAGAGGGAAAAAGCUGGAUGCUAAAAGACUUUGUAGCAAAGCGGGGACCACAGUUUAAGAAGCCGCCCCAUUCAAAUGAACCAAGAUGCUUUUAUUUGGUUUAAGCCUUAAUUUGGGGUCAUAAUCAGAUGUUAAAUUUGACUGCUUUACAGGUAGGGGCAGGUCAGACGUGUGCCAAAAAUAGUGACGCUGUUAUUGGCAAACUAGGCUAGGAAGAGUGUGUUGCUCUGCAGAACAGACAUUAAGAGGGACGUUGUUUCCCAUCAUCCACUAUCAGGGCUGUUAUUGCUCACCCGAGAUGAGGUGGUUUCUCAUAUCUCUGCAGCGCACGCUCACUCAAAACAGCAAGAUUGAUCCGUGGCUUUUUAUCAACACACUGAUGAGUCGCUCUGAAGCAGAUCUAUUUCACUUUUACGACAAAUCCCUUAAACUGAGUCAUCGUGCGUUUUGGGGUGUUGACGUGUCUUAAUCUAUUUAUUUAAAUUUCACAGACGUAUCGUGGAAGGUUAUCUGUCGAACGCUGAAUAUGCUACGCUUUAUGUUCUCAUGAUUAAACGGAUUUUUAGAAGUGAUGCACACCAGGUUGAUUUGUUUUGUUUUUCUUUGCUGUGUCAUGUGUUUCGUUCAUCUAAUCCAGUGAUCACACCAGUGCUGCAUCACCACUUAAUAUGACUAUUAGCAUUCCUAAGAAACAGGUUUUGAUAGAAGGAUAGCAGCAGCAGUCAAAUCUCUACAGCUGUGUACUCCACACUGUGCGUCUUUUAACAUCGUGUGUGCUCUUCAUUCUGGAAACAUGAAAUCCGACUAAAACUGGAAUACUGUUUACUCUCUGAACAUAGAUCUAUUUGAAGCCCUCCCUCCCCUGCCCCUUCUCAGCAUCAGAUACUGUACGCUCUUUUUUUAUUUAUUGAAAACAAAAGCCUCAUGUGUGGUCGUACUGUUUUAAUUUCCAUCCAGUUUGGGCCUUUGAAAACCACUAUUAUUGACAAUAUCCCUUAAAAUUUGACAAAAGAAAUAGGCUGAGUAGUAGAAAACUUACUGUCCUUGUUUGAUCACUAGUAUGUGAACAAUGCCUAAUGUCUUGUGUAACAAAUAAAAUGAAUUAAACUAUGAAUGAAAUGAUAGAAAAAUAAAAAGCACAUGGCAAACCUGGA